AUGAUUACAGGGCAGUUGAGCAAGCCGCUGCUCUCCCUGCGCAGCGAGAUGAGCGCGGCAGAACUCCGGGCAGAGGACAAAGCGGCCACCCCAGACAGCAAGCUCAAUGACGAGCCCCUGCUCCUGUCCUCCGAGGCCACGGGCAGAGAGGACACUCCCAACAAGCUCUAUGGGGCCCGUGAUGGCUCUGUCCAGUCUGAUGCCAGCAGCAGCCCGUCAGAACAGUGUCAUCUGGGUCAGUCUCACCCAGCCUACCCGGUAGGACCACAGUCUCUGCUGGUGGCCCAGCAGCUAGCCGGAGGGUCGCCAGGCCUGAACCAGCCCAUCCUCAUCCCCUUCAACACGGGCGGCCACCUGGGAGGCCAGCAGGGUCUUGUGCUUUCCCUGCCCACCGCCAACAUCCAGGGCCUGGUGGCUGCAGCAGCCGCACAGGGCAUCAUGACGCUUCCCCUACAGAACCUGCAAGCUACCUCAUCCCUGAACUCCCAGCUUCAGCACCUGCAGCAGCUCCAACAGAUACAACAGCACCACCAUCAGCAACAACAGCACCACCAUCAGCAACAACAGCACCACCAUCAGCAGCAUCAACACUCCCACAGCCACGCCCACAACCAGCUGUCAUCGCGGGGUCGCAUGACCCCGCCCAGCCUUCAGCAGUCCUCUGUCUCGGUCCCCUCCCCUGGCUCCGCCUCCUCCUCCACCACCUCCAUGACUGGCUCUGGCCAACCGCCACAGUCUUCGCCCCUCCGGCAAAACCAAUCGCCGGCCCGCAGCCUACCCUCGCCCGUCACCCCGCCCAUGCCACUGCAGCUUCCUGCCGUCUGCCUGGCCUCCCCCCUGCAGUCCUCAGCUUUCCUCUCCUCCGUCCCUUGCACCCCGACAUCACAGGACCGCGGGGCAUCAGACCCACAAUGGGCUCCCAGACACAAGCUGCUGUCUAAGUGCUCCACUCCACUGAGGAGGCCAGUCCCCCUGCGGGGCACGAUUCUCCUGCCUAGAUUGCAUGGGUUACUGCACCAGGUGACCCUCAUGGACAACGGGUUACUGCACCAGGCGACCCUCAUGGACAACGGGUUACUGCACCAGGUGACCCUCAUGGUCAACGGGUUACUGCACCAGUUGAACCCUCUGGCCAGCCAGGCAGCGGUGGCUGCAGCUAUGGGCUCCAUCGCCGGGUCCCAGGUCUUUGGCAACGCCCUCUCCAACCUGCAAGCUGGAGUCACGGGGCAGCUGGUCACCAAUGCACAAGGACAGAUAAUUGGAACGAUCCCACUGAUGCCCAACUCUGGGGGGCCCUCGAGCCAAUCAGGGGGUGGAAACCCUGCGCUGCAGGUCCAGCCAAUUACACCUCAGCUUCUGACCAACACCCAGGGCCAGAUCAUCGCCACGGUGAUCGGCAAUCAGAUCCUGCCUGUCAUCAACACCCAGGGAAUCACGCUGUCACCAAUCAAGCCUGGACAGCAGCUGCCUCAGGCUCAGCAGGUUCAGACAGGCCCAGUGUCAUCUCAGCCCAACCUGCUCCACAUGCCCCACAGCCAGAGUCCUCUCCGCCAGAUCUCUUCCUCCUCAUCAUCAUCAUCUUCCUCCUCCUCUCUCAGCGUGGGUCAGCUGGUCAGCAACCCCCAGAUGGCACCCAGCGAGGUGGAUGGGGUCAACCUGGAGGAGAUUCGGGAGUUUGCCAAAGCAUUCAAGAUCCGUCGCUUGUCCCUUGGCCUGACCCAGACUCAGGUGGGACAGGCGCUCAGCGCGGCCGAGGGCCCGGCCUAUAGUCAGUCUGCCAUCUGCAGACACACCAUCCUGAGAAGCCACUUUUUCCUACCACAGGAAGCCCAAGAGAACACUAUAGGUAGCAGUCUGACAGGCAAACUGAACCCUGGCCUUUUAUAUCCUGCCAGGUUUGAGAAGUUGGACAUCACCCCAAAAAGCGCCCAGAAGAUUAAGCCCGUUCUGGAGCGCUGGAUGGCCGAGGCCGAGGCCCGCCACCGGUCCGGCAUGCAGAACCUGACCGAGUUUAUUGGCAGCGAGCCCUCCAAAAAACGCAAGCGGAGGACCUCUUUCACCCCGCAAGCGCUGGAGAUCCUAAACAGCCACUUCGAGAAGAACACGCACCCCUCUGGACAGGAAAUGACAGAGAUAGCCGAGAAACUGAACUAUGACCGCGAGGUGGUCCGCGUCUGGUUCUGCAACAAGAGGCAAGCGUUGAAGAACACAAUAAAGCGGUUGAAACAGCCCGGUGACCUGGACCUGGACCUCGGCCCGACCGCGCCCAUGGACCCUCUCUCUGAUUCUCUGGAUGAGAUCCCAAAAUGA